AUGUCGGUCCUGGGGGGCGCGCGGCCGCAUUGCCAGCGGGUGUUCAAGUCGUUGGGCUUGCUGCGGCGGCACCAUCGGGUCAUGCACGGGCCGAACACGCAGACUUGUGCGCUCUGUGGGCGGUUUUUCUUUGGGCGGGAGAUUGGGGAGGUUGAAGGGGAGGUUGUGGUGAAGAAAGAGGAAGAGGAGGAGGUUAAGAUGGAGGAUAUCAAGAUGGAGGUUGAGGAGGCUGUGAAGAAAGAGGAAGAGGAGGAGGACGUGAAGACGGAGGUUGAGGAACAAGACAUCAAAGAGGAGGAAAUGGAGCUCGAAGAGGGCAAGAUCCGGGAAGAGAUGGAUCUUGACGCGGAGGCGUUUAUCCAGACUGCGGAUGACGCUGCCCCACCUUCUCAGUUUUAUCACCCGGUCUAUGGCUGUUAUCGCCCGAUGUGCAGUGAGGAGACGUUUGACAUGAUCGAGGGAAAGGAUAUCCAGCCGGCUUGGCCUUAG